GCCUGCGCCCGUGCCCCCGCCUGUGCGGAGCCGCCCGGGCCUCGCUCCGCCCGCCGCCGGCUGCCAGCGACUGCUGCGGCUCUGCAGGCCGCGGAGAGCGCGGUGGUCGCCUGUCUGCACGCCCACGGGGGCCAUGGCCGACCGCGGGUGCCCGCUCGAGACUGCGCCGCUGCCCGUCGAGGUGCGCGAGAGCCUGGCGGAGCUGGAGCUGGAGCUGUCGGAAGGUGACAUCACUCAAAAAGGGUAUGAGAAGAAAAGGGCCAAGCUCCUGGCUCGCUACAUUCCACUCAUCCAAGGGGUAGACCCAUGUCUGCAAUCAGAGAACAGAGUCCCUGGGCCUUCACUGACCACUGCUGCACUCCAGCCACAGAGGUCUCGGCCCACCACCUCCAGGGAUGAACGUUUCCGCUCAGAUGUCCACACGGAGGCCGUGCAAGCAGCCCUGGCCAAGUACAAAGAGAGGAGGAUGCCGAUGCCCUCGAAGAGACGUUCCGUCCUGGCGCACUCCUCCGUGGAUGCCUACACCCCCCCAGACACAUCGUCCGCUUCAGAAGACGAGGGCUCUGUGCAGCGGCCCGGGCAGCUCAGCUCCACUGUGCUCCAGAGCCACCCCGGUGCAGAGCCCUGGCUCGACCGGGUCAUUCAGGGCUCCUCCACCUCAUCUUCCGCAUCCUCCACCUCAUCUCACCCGGGAGGCAGACCCGCCGCCGCGCUCUCAGACCUUGCAGCCCACGCCCACAUAGCAGAUCUGCACUCUGCCCCUCCUGACGUCACCACAGGCCUCGUGGACCGUCCGCACUAUGAACGUCCCCAGGUGGCUUCUGUGAGAGCUGCUCCUCGGGGGUACGGCGGGAGCAUCCUGGAAACAGCAGAUGGUGUCCCUGUGCACAGCAGAGUGUCCUCCAAGAUCCAGCAGCUUCUGAACACCCUGAAGAGGCCCAAGCGCCCUCCCCUGAAGGAGUUCUUCGUGGACGAUUUUGAGGAGCUUUUGGAAGUUCAGCAGCCAGAUCCCAAUCAGCCGAAGCCUGAGGGAGAGGAGGUGGAGGUGCUGAGAGGGGAGCCCCUGGCCACAGGGGUGCCCUGGCCACCGUCUCUGCUAGCUGCCCUUCAGCGAUGGGGCACAGUGCAGCCCAAGGCCCCCUGCCUGACUGCCCUGGACACAGCAGGGAAGGCCAUCCACACCCUCACCUACGGCAAACUUUGGAGUCGGAGUUUAAAAUUAGCUUAUACUCUACUUAAUAAACUGACUAGUAAGAAUGAACCACUACUUAAACCUGGAGACAGAGUGGCGCUCGUGUUUCCCAACAGUGACCCCGUGAUGUUCAUGGUCGCGUUUUAUGGGUGUCUCCUGGCAGAGCUGGUUCCGGUCCCCAUAGAAGUGCCAUUGACAAGAAAGGAUGCAGGCAGCCAGCAGGUUGGGUUUCUGCUGGGCAGCUGUGGUGUCACCCUGGCCCUGACUACAGAUGCGUGUCAGAAGGGCCUGCCCAAGUCACAGACGGGAGAGGUGGUGACUUUCAAAGGCUGGCCCCCCCUCGCCUGGCUGGUGAUUGAUGGGAAGCAUUUGGCCAAACCCCCCAAGGACUGGCUCCCUCUGGCUCAGGACACCGGGGCUGGGACUGCCUACAUCGAGUAUAAGACCAGCAAAGAAGGCAGCACCGUGGGGGUCACGGUGUCCCACACGUCCCUGCUGGCACAGUGCCGGGCUCUGACCCAGGCCUGCGGGUACUCAGAAGCUGAAACGCUAACAAACGUGCUGGACUUCAAGAGGGAUGCUGGUCUGUGGCACGGCGUGUUGACGAGCGUCAUGAACAGGAUGCAUGUGGUCAGCAUCCCGUACGCGCUCAUGAAAGCCAACCCACUCUCCUGGAUCCAGAAAGUGUGCUCCUACAAAGCCCGGGCUGCGCUGGUGAAGUCCCGCGACAUGCACUGGUCUCUGCUGGCUCAGCGAGGGCAGAGGGAUGUCAGCCUCAGCUCACUGCGGAUGCUGAUUGUGGCCGAUGGUGCCAACCCAUGGUCCAUAUCCUCCUGCGAUGCCUUCCUCAACGUCUUCCAGUCCCGAGGCUUGAGGCCAGAGGCCAUCUGCCCCUGUGCCGGUUCUCCUGAGGCACUGACGGUCGCCAUCCGCAGGCCGCCUGACCUGGGGGGACCUCCUCCAAGGAAAGCUGUGCUGUCCAUGCAUGGCCUGAGCUACGGCGUGGUCAGAGUUGACACUGAGGAGAAGCUGUCUGUCCUCACUGUCCAGGACGUGGGCCAGGUGAUGCCUGGAGCUAGUGUGUGUGUUGUGAAGGUUGAAGGUACCCCGUAUCUUUGCAAGACUGAUGAAGUUGGAGAGAUCUGUGUUAGUUCCAGUGCAACUGGAACAGCAUACUACGGAUUACCUGGAAUCACAAAAAGUGUGUUUGAGACUGUCCCUGUCACGGUAGGAGGAGCCCCUGUCUCUGAGAGGCCUUUCACCAGGACAGGCCUGCUGGGCUUCAUUGGGCCUGACAACCUGGUUUUCGUCGUGGGCAAGCUCGACGGGCUGAUGGUCGUGGGAGUCCGCCGACACAAUGCAGACGACGUCGUGGCCACCGCUCUGGCCGUGGAGCCCAUGAAGUUUGUCUACAGAGGCAGGAUUGCUGUGUUCUCUGUGACCGUGCUGCAUGAUGACCGGAUUGUCCUGGUGGCUGAGCAGCGGCCUGACGCCUCUGAGGAGGACAGCUUCCAGUGGAUGAGCCGCGUGCUGCAGGCCAUCGACAGCAUCCACCAGGUGGGCGUAUACUGUCUGGCGCUGGUCCCUGCUAACACCCUGCCCAAGGCUCCCCUCGGGGGGAUCCACAUCUCUGAAACCAGACAGCGCUUCUUGGGAGGAACCCUGCACCCCUGCAAUGUGCUGAUGUGCCCUCACACCUGCGUGACCAACCUUCCCAGACCUCGUCAGAAGCAGCCAGAGGUUGGACCUGCAUCCAUGAUUGUGGGGAACCUGGUGGCUGGCAAGAGAAUCGCACAGGCCUCAGGGAGGGAGCUGGCCCACCUGGAGGACAGCGACCAGGCGCGCAAGUUCCUGUUCCUGGCUGACGUGCUGCAGUGGCGAGCGCACACCACUCCUGACCACCCGCUGUUUGUGCUGCUGAACGCCAAGGGCACGGUCACCAGUACUGCCACCUGUGUCCAGUUGCACAAGAGGGCCGAGAGGGUGGCUGCUGCUCUGCUGGAGAAGGGCAGGCUGGACGCUGGGGACCACGUGGCUUUGGUCUACCCCCCAGGGGUGGACCUCAUCGCCGCCUUCUAUGGCUGCCUGUACUGUGGCUGUGUGCCUGUUACUGUGCGGCCCCCACACCCCCAGAACCUCGGCACCACGCUGCCCACCGUCAAAAUGAUCGUGGAGGUCAGCAAGUCUGCGUGCGUGCUCACCACACAGGCCAUCACACGGCUGCUCAAGUCCAAGGAGGCAGCUGCUGCUGUGGACAUCAAGACCUGGCCAACCAUCCUGGACACUGAUGACAUACCAAAAAAGAAGGUGGCUAGUGUGUUCAGACCACCCUCCCCGGAUGUGCUGGCCUACUUGGACUUCAGCGUGUCCACCACAGGGAUAUUAGCAGGAGUAAAGAUGUCGCACGCAGCCACAAGUGCCCUGUGCCGCUCCAUAAAACUGCAGUGUGAGCUCUACCCCUCGCGGCAGAUCGCCAUCUGCCUGGACCCCUACUGUGGCCUGGGCUUUGCCCUGUGGUGCCUGUGCAGUGUCUACUCUGGACACCAGUCAGUACUCGUGCCUCCGCUGGAGCUGGAGAGCAACGUGUCCCUGUGGCUGUCAGCCGUCAGCCAGUACAAGGCCCGUGUCACCUUCUGCUCCUACUCCGUGAUGGAAAUGUGCACCAAGGGCCUGGGCGCACAGACAGGCGCACUCAGGAUGAAAGGGGUGAACCUGUCAUGUGUGCGCACGUGCAUGGUGGUGGCCGAGGAGCGGCCGCGGAUUGCCUUGACACAGUCCUUCUCCAAGCUGUUCAAGGACCUGGGCCUCCCUGCGCGUGCUGUGAGCACCACCUUUGGGUGCAGGGUCAACGUGGCCAUCUGCCUUCAGCCCAACAGGCUGGGAAAGCUGGCUGAGCAGGGCACAGCUGGCCCAGACCCCACGACCGUCUACGUGGACAUGCGGGCGCUGCGCCACGACAGGGUACGCUUGGUGGAACGGGGUUCUCCGCACAGUCUGCCUUUGAUGGAGUCUGGAAAGAUCCUCCCAGGGGUGAAGGUCGUCAUCGCACACACUGAGACCAAAGGGCCCCUUGGAGACUCGCACCUGGGCGAGAUCUGGGUGAGUAGCCCCCACAACGCCACUGGGUACUACACGGUCUACGGGGAGGAGGCACUUCAUGUUGACCACUUCAGUGCCAGGCUGAGCUUUGGAGACACGCAGACCGUCUGGGCAAGGACUGGCUACCUCGGCUUCCUUCGGAGAACAGAGCUCACAGAUGCCAGUGGAGAGCGACACGAUGCGCUAUAUGUUGUGGGGUCUCUGGACGAGACGCUGGAGCUGAGAGGCAUGCGGUACCACCCCAUUGACAUCGAGACGUCUGUGAUCCGGGCACACAGGAGCAUCGCUGAGUGUGCUGUAUUCACCUGGACCAACCUGCUGGUGGUGGUGGUGGAGCUGGAUGGGCUGGAGCAGGAUGCGCUGGACCUGGUGGCCUUGGUGACCAAUGCAGUGCUGGAGGAGCACUUCCUGGUGGUGGGCGUGGUGGUCAUUGUGGACCCUGGUGUGAUCCCCAUCAACUCCCGGGGCGAGAAGCAGCGUAUGCACCUGCGGGACGGCUUCCUUGCAGACCAGCUGGACCCUGUCUACGUGGCCUACAACAUGUGAGUGCCACCGCCAGAGCCUCAGUGCCCCACUGUGCCCUGCUGUGCUCUGCGGGUGCCUGCACAGUCCCCAUCACUCCUUCAGGAAGCACUUCCUGGACUCCCUGAGAAGUGCUGGGACCUGCCAGGGAUGUUCACAGACACAGAAGCCAGCAUUUACCUGGAGUGCCAGGCGGAGAGGGCUGCACCGCAGGGUGGAACUUCUUAGGCCGCACGCAUGGUUCUUGAUUUGUAAAAUUCAGUUAUUUAUUCCCACUUAAAUGACAAGUGCAUAUCAAACCUCAUUUGGAGAGAACUCGGAGGCCACGUCACAGUGGCCUUCUGUCACCCGGGGCAGAGCCCAGCCUGGUAAGCCUGCUGGGUGGGAGCAUGUCCUGGCCUCCCGUGUGGAUGGCAGCGGGGCCACGCUGGGAGCUGUUUCUUCGCAGUCUCGCUGUGGAGGUUGUCUGCACAUGGUGUCACUGAUGCUCAUGAGGCCACCUGAGACCAUCGGUCCACGUGCUGUCCCUGCCCUCCUGUGUCCAAUUCCUGAGUUCUCAUGCCUCCACAUGCUGCUUCUCAUGGAGUGUGUGGAACUGACAUCCUUACUCCAGCAGAUGGGGCAGGAGCCCAGGUCCACCAAGGUGUCCCCAAUGUGCUGACCCACCCGCUGGCUGAGGAGGGCCGUUCCUGUUGGAGGUAGAGCUGUGACCCUCCUCGUCAGCGAGUGCGCUUUGAGUUCUGUGCCUACGGAAUUUGGCCAAAUCAUUUCCAGUUAUUUCAUUCGAACUUAACAAGGCUGAGUGAUCUAUUACAUUGAACCUGAAUCAGUGAAGAGAAUGUAAGAUUCUUGAACUGUUUAGGGACUAGGAGCUGAACACUAAUCUGAGACAAAAAUUAUUUUUAUAGAGCUGAUUAAGAGGAUAUUACAGGUGGUUGGGUUUUAGGAUUCAAGGGUGGGAAGUUAUGGAUUGUGUGUGCUUCACAGAAAUAACCAGGCUAUCCUGGAUAGUGCCUAUAGUUCCACAGCGUGUCUGGCCAGCCGGGCGGUGCUGGAUGGCAGCAUGGUACGUGGGAACAGACCAGAUCCUGACAACACUGUUGUAACCACAUACAGAAUUCAUGUAGCUCAUUGUUGGUCCCACAGAAGUCUUAGCAGUGGAUUCAUUCUUUACCAAGAAUGGCUGAGAAGGGACAGAACUACCUAACCCCAAUCUUAAUGUAGUUUUAUAGCAAACAAAAAUUAUAAACUUUUUGUAUUGAAAGGUCAGUGGCAGUAAGACAAGGUAUCUGGUAAAUUAAGAUUUUAAGAUGCACAUUAAAAUGUUUUAAAAUUGCUCUCUGGGAAUUCUGUAUACACACUAAAAUUUUUAUAUCAUUAUGUUAAUAAAAGCUAUUGACUAUUUGUAA